UCCUCAAGGAGCCUACAUUCUAAUAAGACAGACAAAAAAAGAAUCUAUCUGAGGGUAUUUUAAGCUGGGUGUGGCAAUGGCUCCAAGUCUUCCUAGUCUCUUUCUGUCAAUACCUCCUCGCUCCCCCUUUUCAGCUUUCUUUUCUGUAUUUUCUUCCCCCAUUACAUUGUAAAUUACUUAAUGGCAGAGACUGUCUUUUUCCUUUUUUUCUAGUACUUUAGCACAGUGCCUUUUGAAGGCAGUUUUUCUACUAUGAUAUAACCUGGCCUUAGUCAUUUGGAGUAAGUCUUCUGGGUUGGCUAUUUUAGAGGACAUGAUAUCUAAUGAGCAGAGGAAGGUUAGAAUCACCCAGAAGUCUCAUAAUCAAUCAACUAGUAUUUGACCCAGGUUGCCAAUAUACUGAAAUGUGUUAUGUAAUGUGAGCGAUUGUACAAAAUUUGGGAAGAUAGGUUGAAUUUCUUUGCAGGAUGUUUGUGGACUAGAAAAUUCAAGGAGAAAGAUUUCUUCUAUCUUAAUCCUAGUCCAUUUUGUACUAAUAGCUUCUUGGUGUUUUUUCUUUUGCUAAAGUGUGGAAGACAGCCAGAAUCCAGUCUUUCGAGAGGUGAUCAAUUUUAAGCCAACUCCCUUGCCAGUUAGAAACUAUGACAAGAUCACCACUGAACCUGUCAGCUUUUACUUUUCUUCACUGGAGGAGCUUCUGGCAUGGACACCAGGUAGUGAGGAUGCCUUUAACAUUGCUAUGAUACCCCUAGCAGAUCGCCAACCCUCACUUCAAAGCCAGAGACCUCGGACUCUGGUGUGCCAUGACAUGAUGGGCGGUUACUUAGGUGACAGGUUUAUUCAAGGCUCUACGACAGAGUCUCCCUACAUCUUCUACCACUGGCAAUUCAUUGACAUCUUUGUGUACUUCAGCCAUCGCACAGUCACCAUCCCUCCAGUGGUCUGGACCAAUGCUGCCCAUAAGCAUGGGGUCUCUGUGCUAGGGACCUUGAUCACAGAGUGGACAGAAGGUGGGCGGCUCUGUGAGAAAUUCUUGUCUGGAGAUCCAUCCUCUUACCAGAAGGUGGCGGAUCAGCUAGUCCGCAUUGCACAGUUUUUUCGCUUUGAUGGCUGGCUGAUCAACAUUGAGAACCCACUGAGCGCACCUGCAGUGGGGAACACUCCUUUUUUCUUGCGAUACUUGACUGACCAGUUACACCAAUAUGUACCAGGUGGAUUGGUGAUUUGGUAUGAUAGUGUAGUGAAGGAUGGACAGCUAAACUGGCAAAAUGAAUUGAAUGAAAGAAAUAGGGUAUUCUUUGACUCCUGUGAUGGCAUCUUUACCAAUUACAACUGGAAGGAGGAACACCUGCAACGCAUGGUAUCCUUUGAGGGGCGAAAGGCAGAUGUGUAUGUAGGAGUGGACAUAUUUGCCCGGGGAAAUGUCGUGGGAGGUGGAUUUGACACAAAUAAGUCACUAGAGCUGAUCCGGAAGCAUGGGUUCUCAGCUGCGCUCUUUGCUCCUGGCUGGGUGUAUGAGUGCUUGGAUAAUAAGGAUUUCUUCCAGAACCAGGACAGGUUUUGGAGUUUGCUGGAGCAAUAUCUGCCCACUCACAGCAUUUGUUCCCUGCCCUUUGUCACCUCAUUCUGUCUGGGCUUGGGAACACGGAGAUUCUCCUAUGGACAGGAAGAGACAAUAGGACCCUGGUACCACCUGAGUGCUCAGGAAAUCCAGCCUAUCUUUGGAACCCAUACAUUAGAAAGUGAGUCUGGUUGGGUGAGGAUUCACAGCUGCUUAAUGGAUGCCUGGAAUGGAGGAAGCUCCCUUCUCGUGCAUGGAAUGAUUCCUUCCAACACUGGGAAGGUAGCUGUGAGGCUUUUUUCUCUGCAGGUCCCAGCACCACCAAAAAUUUAUCUGUCCCUGAUAUACAAACUGGAAGGGCGCACAGAUAUCACUGUUGCAUUGGAACUCUCCACCCUGGAUGUUAGAAGAUGUAACAUUGGAGGCAUCUCAUCUGUACAUGGGCCAACCACUAGGCACACUCCCCGACCUCUCCAGAUGCCCCCAGCCAAGCUGCUCAGGUGGGUUGGUAGAUGCAGCCAGCAGUUCGACGGGGGCUGGAUCCAUCGCUGCUAUGAAGUGAAUCUUCAGAGCUGCUUUUUGCAAGACAUCUUUGUUAAUUUCACACGCCCCUUGGGCAGCCAGAAGGAUGAAAACUUUACUUGCCGCCUUGGAGAAAUCCAGGUAGUGGACGCAAACAGCCUAAUGACACCCUUGUCCCAGGUCCGGGACCUAACUGCCUCCCACACCUGCUGGCAGCAUAUCCACUCAGAAUUACACAGGUUCAAAAUAAAGCUUCUUCUCAGCUGCACUCUCUGCUGGUCCUACCUGUUACCUCAAGCCUAUGGCUUCCGAAUCUACCAUCGGGGAGGGAACUAUUCCUGUAGAAAGGAGCUGCUGGACUCAGAAGAGCCCACGUUCUUGGGUCUAGCCCAUACUAAUAUGUACCGUGUGGUAAACCUGGAAGUAGAAGAAGCCCCAGCUGGCCAAGACUGCUUUGUGGAGUUCUUGGUACAGCCUAUUCCCAAGGAAGGAUUCUUGGUUCCUCAGGCAGAGUGGGGCAGAUUGACUCUGCUGUACUCAAAACCCAGUAAGCAUUAAAGCAGCACUGUCUCAUUGAC